AUGGGCCUGAAAGUCGAAAUCACCUGUACCGAAUCGAUCAAGCCGUCUUCUCCUACCCCUCACCACCUCCGAACCCACAACCUCACCAUUCUCGAUCAAACCGCACCGCCUUGCUACGUCCCGCUCUGCCUCUUCUACCCCAACACUUCUUCUUCUACGCAACAGCGCUCGCUGCUUACCGAGAGCCUCAAGGGUUCCCUCGCCAAAACCCUCAACGUCUACUACCCGCUCGCGGGCCGGUACAGAGACGCCUUCGCCGUCGACUGCAACGACGCCGGGGCCGAAUUCGUCAACGCCCGCGUCGUCGUCGGCUCCAUGUCCGACGUCGUCCGGCAGGCGCCGGACGACGACGUUUUGGUGCCGCUGCUCCCGUGCCGCCCGCGUGGCCGACACGUGGACUCGGAGGGCGAGCUGGUGCUCCUGGCCGUCCAGGUCAGCUUUUUCGACGGCUGCGGAGGGGUGAGCAUCGGGGUGUGCGUGUGGCACGGGCUCGCCGAUGCCUGCACGCUCGCCUGGUUUCUCGCCACGUGGAGCGGAUUCGGCGGCGAAGGAAACGGCGGAGACGCCGUCGUGCAUGAUUGCACUGCCGUGUUUCCUCCCGCGGACCUUUCCGUACUCGGCGAGUGCAUGGAGAGGCCUCGAGCGGCGGUGGCCAAUACUCCCGGCACGAGAACCAAGAGGUUCGUGUUCGAGGGCGGCAAGAUAGCGGCUCUCAAGAGGGGAAUCGAGGAGAGCAGCUGGCGGCGGCAACAGCGAGUUGCGGAGCCAGGACUUGAAAUCAGUGAAAAGAUACCCUUGCGUCACUUUAAAAUGCAGCAGCCGACGCGCGUGACGGCAGUAGCAGCGGUCAUUUGGGCCGCGCGUAUCAAGAUAGCAAGAGACAACAAGAAGAAGAAGAAGAAGACACGACGCGAUGACGUUCACAUAGCUGCCAUGACGACCAACUUGAGGUCGAGGAUGAACCCGGGUUUCUCGGAGCACGUGAUGGGCAACCUCGUACAGAUCCCGGUCUUCGCGGAGUGGCCGCUAAACGACGAGGCGGUGGAGAAUGCGGCCGAGCACGGCGGCGGUAGCUACUACUACGGGGCUCUGGCCGGGAAGCUGAGGGAGUCGGUGAGGAAUGUGACCGGCGAGAGCGUGAGGAGGGCGGCGGUGGCGGGGAGCGGGCCGUCAUCGUUUUUGGGCGGGUUGAUGAGGCGUUUCGUGGAGGCGCACGACGGAGGGAAUCUGCUGGUGAUAAGCAGUUGGUGUCGUUUCCCGUUCUACGAGGUGGAUUUUGGGCUUGGGAAGCCCGGCUGGAUCUGUACCUUCACCAUGAGUCAUAACCUGGCGGUGCUGAUGGAUGCCAAGGACGGGGAAGGGAUUGAAGCCUGGGUUACGCUGAGCGCCGACGAAAUGUCGGAAUUCGAGAACGAUGAUGGCAUACGUCAAUAUGCCACCUCAUCCUCCAAUGGUGUCAAUGCGAUGUAA